GUUUGAUUUCUGUGUAGGAUUCGGUGAAUGAAAAAUAUUGCCUCCUCCGAUCCAAACGUUUAGUAGGAUCCGUAAGGUUUGCGCAAUGGCCGGUGUUAUUAAAAAGGCAACGGGACUGACUGGAAUGCAUGUGGCCAAAAACCCACACCACACGCUGACCGCGUUGUACAACAAAAUAUUGCGCGCCGUUUCGAAGAUGCCGCAAGAGGCUGCGUAUCGUCGAUACACCGAGCAGACCGUUUCGGAGCGAGCAAAAGUGGUUGCUACGACACCGAACGUGCUGGAGAUCGAACAAAAGAUCAACUGCGGCCAGGUAGAAGAGUUAAUUCUGCAGGCGGAAAACGAACUGAUGUUGGCACGCAAAAUGCUCGGCUGGAAGCCGUGGGAACCGUUGGCUAAACAAGCACCGCCCACCCAGUGGACAUGGCCACCAGCCAAACUGCCCGAGCUAAAGUAAGGUAUCAUCGUGUGGCGAGACCGACGUUUGGCUAGUUAUUCAUUUCUCGUAGCGAAUGGCAACCGUAUUGAGGAUCGUAUUGUGUUGUAAAUAAAUGGCCGCUUCGCAUAACUAAGGAAAGCGUGAAGCAGGCUCUAAAAAGUUA